UGAUUCGUUCUCACCCGAACGGACGGACGCAACGCCCGGUCUCUGCCUGCCCCAAUCCCAACUCCAGGUCGUCGUCCCCAACACACCAUGAGGACGAAGAUGGCGGCGGCGCUGGUCCGGGCCUCCGGGGGGAUCGGACCUCCUACGCCUGCCCGAUCCUCCUACUUCUCCUCGCGCUGCUCCUCCCUGUCCCCGCUCGCGGCCAUCUCCAACGCCUCCUCCCACGCCUACGCCUUCGCGGGCCAUCAGCCGGUGCCUGCCCCGGAUCCCACCUUCUUCGACGAUGUCGUCGACGCCAUCGUCGACAAGUACGGCUAGGACCCCGACGCCGAGGUCCGGGAUUGGCCGCUCGACGCCGAGGGCGCGCUCGUCGACGCCGCGUAGUGCUACGAGUUCCCCGCCCGCGUGGGGCCCCGCGGUCGCGCUGGCGCGGGCCUCCGACGGGGCCGUCGACUGGAGCCGCCCCGACGCCCCCGCGGUGGAGGAGGUGGUCGGGCCCGACGGGGUCGACUUUGUGACCGGCGAUGGCGACCUGGCGUUCGGCUCCGGCGUUAGGGUCCGUGACAUGGUAGGGCCGUUCGAGCUGGUGGUCUGCGAUGGCGCUGGCAGGGGCCGCGCAGAGCUCCAGUUGCCGUCGUGUCUGCACCACCGCCGAAUGCAUGUUCCGGCAGUCCACGCAUCGAUCACUAGCAAAUUAAAAAGGCAUGAACGCACUAAACAAAAAUUUUGUGUAGAUGAUUCUUGUAUAUGGCAGUGGCACACGCGCUGGUUGAUGAAGCCGCUGGGCCGGAAGGACCUCUCAUUGCCAUGCUAAUGAGUAUCACGACGAACAUGGCCCCCACCUCAAUGCCUCCCUGUCGGCGGUGAGGUCUGGCCGGAUCUGUACGACCCGCAAUAUUAGUAAAGAAAAAGAAUAGCUUGAUUGUUCUAUGACUCUGUCGUGGAUAGGUAAUUUGCAUCAGAGGUCUAUAGGAUCUCCGCCAUUAGUUUCCCAUUAGAAAAUUGAGUUACUAAAUUAAGGAAGAUGUACAAAGAGAGGUAAUCGAUGGCAUCAUAUGCAUCAGAAGAUCCUCAUCACCGAAGUAGUACUCCACCAGUCCACCUACAGUUUUGGAACAUAUAAACACGGCAUCAAAGUGCUACAUGGCACCAAAUAAAGAGUUCAGGUCAGGGUGUUAUACUGCAGCUAAGUAGUAUAGUCUGAAUUUCUAAGUUUGAGGAGGAUUUCAGUGUUUCUAAAGAAAGGGACAAGGAUCAGGGCUAUAAGAUUGUUGAAAGACUCAUAGACAUGUACCAUGAAUCGGUUACAGUAUGCUUUCUACCCGUCUUUUCCUUAUAUUGACUAAACCUUAGUAAAUAACUAUUUCCAGUUUUCUCAUGUAACCUGAACUGCUGCUGGUUUAAAUUUCAGUUCUGCAAGCUGCGGCACACAUGGUCUGCCUCCGUGUCGUCCUACCUGCUUUAGGGCCCUCUACUUCUUCCCCCAAGAUUGCCAUUAUGAUUAACAAAUCUGACGAGAGCAAUUUAAUUGGUGACACAUCAUAUUUAUUCUGCAACUGCAUGUGAAUUCUCAUCUUGCGCCUACCUCUUUUGCUUACCAGGUUGCAAAAUUUCAUUAACUUAUUUGUCGAAGUAUCCUGCAAAAUCAUUUCUCUUAUGGGAAUUAGCCUAUUGUAUUGAUCUAACAAGGUCCACUUCAACCUACGUAACAAUUAUGCAGUGAAGAUGGAGAGCUUUAGGCAAAAAAAGAAA